CGGAGUAGCUCAUUGACACUCCGGGCACCGGAGUUUGAUCAGCUUGCACUUACCCUUUCCCCAAAAUGGCCCUUCGCUCCGUGGCUAUGCGCGGUCAGGCGCGCCCCAGCGUGUCCGCCGCGCGGCGCUCGGCUGUGUCGGCUCACCGGGCCGUCAACGUUGUCGCCAGCUCCGUCGCUGACCUGAACAAGAAGCACGGCAUUCCCGGCAGCGUGGAGUUCAAGGAGGGCAAGAGCGGCUCGCCGGUUGUGGUGUUGAAGCACGCCUGCGGUGCCUCCGCCGAGAUGUACCUGUUCGGCGCCUGCGUGACCAGCUGGAAGCAGCCCAGCGGUGACGAGGUGCUGUACGUGCGCCCCGACGCCGUGUUCGACAAGUCCAAGCCCAUCAGCGGUGGCGUGCCGCACUGCUUCCCCCAGUUCGGCCCCGGCGCUAUGCAGCAGCACGGCUUCGCGCGCAACCUGGACUGGGCUGUGUCCACCACCUCGGCCGACCCCAACCCCGACGAGAAGGACCCCUCGGUGGAGGUGGUGCUGACUGAGAGCGACUACACUCUGAAGAUGUGGCCCCACAAGUUCAAGGCCGUGUACACCGUGUCUCUGCACGGCGAGCAGCUGAACCUCCAACUGCGCGUCAUCAACACCGAUGACAAGCCCUUCGACUUCACGGCCGCGCUGCACACCUACAUCGAGGUGCUGGAGAUCGCGAAGGCCAAGGUCACCGGCCUCAAGGGCCUGACCUACCUGUGCAAGGCCGUGGACCCCAAGGUGCCUGAGACCAAGAAGGAGGACCGCGACGCGGUCACCUUCACCGGCUACACCGACUCGGUGUACCUGAACUCGCCCGCGCACGUGGAGCUGGAGGUGGGCACCGGCGCCGCCGUGGCGCUGGACAGCACCGGCUGGGAGGACACCGUUGUGUGGAACCCUCACCUGACCAUGAAGGACUGCUACCAGCACUUCUGCUGCGUGGAGAACGCCAAGUUCGGCAAGGCCGCCACCGUCAAGCCCGGGGAGAGCUGGACCGCCACCGUGACCAUGUCGGUCGUGGACGUCUCCAACUAAAGCAUGACCUCGAAUGCACCCCUGAGCCCGCACCCAUGUGACGUAUCCGGAGUUACGUGUCCGUACGCGUGUGUCAUUAGAUAUCAGAGCUUUUGCAAGUUGUCAGGGCUGGUAAGGACUGACGCUGUAAGCCAGUGUGCGUGUGUCUAGGUUGAUGAAUUGUAGCGGUCCGGUCCUCGGCGCAGACCCGCGAUUUUGGCGCACGGCCGCGGGGGAGGAGUCUGCCGCUCCGGUCGUGGUCCGCGUGCUGCGCCCGGCUGUCGUCAGAUUUACGUGCUGAACAUGCCGAUGUAAGCGUCCUUGUGAGCAAGCUUAACAAGCUCGUUGUACAUGUCGAGGCCUGGCACGAGCAGAAAGGCGUGCAAGCGCGAACUCAGUUUAAGUUCAAGAGUUCCCCAUCGCGCCAAUUGCUAGUCCCCGGCACUCACUGAAGUUGUCGCUGAGGUUUGUGUGCUCCACCUCCUGGAUGUUGGUGGGGCCAACCACUGUCCCGACCACCUCAGCGAAGCGCCCCUCGUAGGGGGACGAUCCCCCGACGACAGUCACCUCGCCCUUGUCUGAAGUCGUGACGCGAACUGUUCCAUUAUCAAUUUGGCUAAUCUGGCAGCACAGGAUGACCUUGCGGCCGUGGUACCGCUGCAUAGUCUCAAAGUUCACGCGCGGAAUAGCCUCGUCGACGCCAGCCAUCUUGUCAGAUAUAUUGCUAAAGAGGAAAAAGAGAAUAUGGACAGCUGCGAAUGUUUGUUCUUGCAAAGCAAGCGAGAGUUUUGGAGUGGUUCUGCAAUGAGCGUGAAUGAUGCACCGAUUCCAGUAAAUUUCUCU